CAAUAAUACACGACGGUUUCAGUUGGACUAGUUGGCGAGCUGGACAUGCAUGUCCAGUGUUCGCUGUAUCUGGCCAACUGCGUCCACGACAAGCUCUUCCAGCCGUCAUAUGUCCGAUGUCAAAAGUCCCAAGGCCAAAAGAUUCUACGCUGCUUUCCACACUGUUGUCCCCGACACAUUCACUACCGCAACUGCGGGUGCAGCCUCAGCCUCCACGUGCAAACUAUAACUACCUGUACGCCCACGGCGAUCACGACCAUCGACGCGACAACCGCCGCCGCUCCUUCAGGUGCCUAUGACAAUGGCCGUAUCUUGGUGGCGUAUGCCAAGUUCUCCCAGCUCGAAGAAGACGUAGACUGGGCUGUCGGUGACAGCGUCCCGGCGUCCGCAGUGUUGGAUGACCUCCGCUCUCGCGGCACACCAUUCCGUACGUGGAUUCCAGGGCAUGUCGAGUGGGCCGAGGCCAACAUGUGGAGCUUCCAAUUCGACGAGAAGAAGGGCGAUGGGUGGCAUUACGGGUGGAAAAGCGGGCGGAGUCGAACGCAGCGGACGUCGGCGCAUGUCCUCAAGGCGUUUGUAUUUGACCCAAGUGGGACGACGCAGCGACGCGACCAGUGGCGAGUGGUGGGCGUGGCCUCGUCCACGCCGUUCACCAUCACCAGCUAUCGCGGCGAGCACAACAAGAAACAAAAACGGACUUCGUCCAAUUCGGCGAAAAGGACGUCCACCACAAGACCCCUCCAACAUCUUGAUCCGUCCUCGGUGCCCUCCACCUCUGGCACUUCGUCCGACGAAGACGAUCAGGCAGACAGACCCCCCGACGUCGAUGAGAACGGAGCAGUCGUUCGACGGCGAAAGGUGCCGUCUAGUGGAUAUAUCACGACCUCCGCCAUCGCAUGCAGCAGCCGCCCCUUGUCGCACACAACUCCCAGCGCCGCUCCACCUCCAAUUCCUUUGGAUCCGAUGCACCGGCAGCCAACGCCGCCUUCGAUCCCCGAACAUCAGGACGACCUGGCUCAGUUGUUUGGGCUGCUCCACGUUUUAGAAACGGGCGACUUUCCCACGGCGUUGUGGGCUCCGUUUGAAAAGUCGUGGCUCGCCCCCAAGGGAAUCCACACGAACGGUCAAUGUUUGUUAUUGCCUCAUAACCCCCGUCGCCAGCCCCCCCAGAGCCAAUUUCAUUCCUCUGGGGCAUCCCCACAUCACCUAGAGGUCGCACUUGCCUUGAUCUCGUCGCUUCGGGACGCGUCCGGCCGCGUCCAAGCCACGCUCAUCCGAUAUGGCGACGCCGUUCUUGACAAACAAUGCGCAUUGCAUCUGUUCACCGACUGCAUGGGAAUCCUACAGGCCCAAGUAGUAUCCGUGCUACUACAACAACAAGGUCGAAAUCGACCAAGUACUGUACCCGAGCUGCUGCGGCACUUGCCGUCGAUUCGUCAGCCUACCAACCACUUGUAUCGGCUAUUUGUAGCGCAACUGCGGGAAACGUUUAUUGUGACCCAAGUCAAACGACCGGGAAUAUUACCAUCAACAAUACUCGGUUACUCAUCGGUGUGGGAUGGCACGUGGAUGUACCGCCCACAGCACACCCAAUUCCACCAGUGGACAUUGUCGCUGUCUAUUAUGUCGUAUUUGCGCUGGACGUCCAGCUGGAUCGCGUUUACUCAAACUCGCGCUGGCAAUUGCAUUCAGAUUCAAUCGUGCACGCCAUGGUUUGCGUCCGUGCCCAUGACACUCGAGUUGGACCAGAGGCCACACGGGUUAAGAGUCCUGCCGACCGGCGAAAGUUGCUUGGCGGGUACCCUCGCCAUCGACUACAUCGGCCAGGUUUCGGAGCAAUUGAUGCGGGUCGAGCUGUACGCUUUCAGUUUGACGCACGUGCACGUCGUGUGUGUGCAAGUGGUUCCGCAACGAGGAAGUGGGAACGGUAUCGAGUUGAGCUGUCGUGUUGGCAUCGACGAAGUGUGUCGGAGGGACGAAGAGGUCGGUCUAGCCGAUGAGGCGUCUAUGGAUGCGGCGUCUCGAAUUGCGUGGGCGAAGCAAUUGCCGCAACGUACUCAAGUCGUGCAACUGAUGGCCACAUACGAACGAGUGCCAGGUCGGAUUUAGCGGGCUGUCGAUUGUACCGGUAAAGUAGCAAGGAAACAAGGGUACUCACAAGCAAGUCGCAGAAAGUUUGCCAACGUAAAAAGAGUACUUCAAAUUGGCCUUGGCCACGCAAAAGUGGUCUGAAUU